AUGAGCUUUGGAGUCAGUAUCGGAGACAUACUCAAGGUGUGCGAACUAGCGGGGAGGGUAUACAAGAACUGCCGCGACUGUCCUGGAGAGUACAAGACCUUGACAAGUGAAACACGCAGUCUCACUAAUCUCCUCGACGACAUACAAGACAAGUUCGAUAAGAUACCGGAGAGUAAGCAGCAACAGCUUAUCGAGGCGUAUACACCAUGCAUCGAGGUCUUGGAAGAGCUCGACAAAGUCCUAUUGCACUACAAUGGGCUCGACACAAAGAGCAAGCGUGCCUGGGACCGUCUUAAAUUCGAUCCAGCCACUUUGCGAAACUUGCGCGAGCGGCUUGUUGCGAGCGUGGCGAUGCUCAACACCUUCUACACCUCCCUGAUACACGAUGUCCAGGUCCUGAUACUCGAGGCCUUGGAGAGACUGGAAAAGGAUUAUAGAGGCGGACAUCGCGAAGAAAGCAUUUCUUCAAUUGAGCGACUGACUUCUGGCGCCCUGGAAGACAAUAAUGAGGACGACGAGGCAUGGCGCCAGAUCAUCCGCGAUUUGGAAGAUGUCGGCAUCUCUCAGCAGCAAGCUUUGGGCUAUCGCGAUGUCAUUGUAGACUGGCUCGUCGCAGCGGUGAAUGAAGGGAGACUUCUUGAAGAUCGACCGGAGCAUGAACCAUACUCCUCAAUGUCGCAAGAUCUCAGACCAGUACUUCCUGAAAUUAAUGUUGGGGAAUCAUCCAGUGGCCUUGAAAUGCUCACAAUCGUCACGCCUAUGGAAAGCAGUUUGUCACCACCAUCACGAACGCCUCCUCCCAUACCCCGUCCACCGAUACCACAGGUCCAUAUGAGCUCAACUCUUUCGGUGGCUUCACAAGCGCAAUCCGCUACAUCGUUGCCAAACAUGCCACGGGACACUGAUUCAGACAACUCUUCGUUAUAUGCAGAGCCACAUCGCUCAGCGGUUACCACCCCCUCCAUUCGGACCCAUACCAUUCCAAUUCCACGUGUGCCAGUUCCUCGUGCAAGCGGGUCGCUCCAGGCGACGAAUCCUGACAGUCCUGACCCAGCACUAUUUACAUCAUUGCCUAUUUCUGGAACACAAACACCCUCUGAUCCUGCUCCUCCACUGGGCAACGAUUUGCCCCCAUCAUAUUUCGAGAAAGGCACAUCUAUUACGAUAGAUCUUAACUGGACGGCUCAUCAGGCGGUGGCUGCAUGGGCUCGCCACGACUUCGUCAGUGCAGAAAAGCACCUAGAGGACCAGUUAGCAGCUGUCGACCGCGGACAGAGGUGUAUAUCUGGUACUCAACCUGAUCGUCGCAUUCUCAAGCAUCUACUCGGAGUAUGCGCAUCGUUCACGGGAAAGUUUUCAAAGGCAAAAGAGCUCUUUGAAAGCGUCUUUAACGGGACCUUUCUCGAUCACGAGAAUCUGGAUGAUGGUGACAUAGCUGCUGCGCGAUGGCUAGGAGAUAUUUGUUUACAUACCCAAGAGCACGCAAACGCCAUGCUCGCCUACAGUGUUGCUUAUGAAGGAUCCAUAGGCCGCUAUGGAGCGACCAGCGAACGUACCCGACGAGUGGCAACUGAGAUAAUACUCAUCGAUCACUGGCUGUUCGGGUUCAGGCGCAUCGAGGCCACUCUCAACCUUAAUCUUGACCCGACCAGUAUCUUUCCAUCGGCAAAUGUUGUGGAGAAGAACAAGUUGAUGAUGAAUGUCAAGAAGAGCGUAUAUGAAUUGGCCAGAUCUACCAGCACCACGUCAAUCCCAGCGAUGUCCAUGGGACGGCCAACAUACAAUCUCGAACCGAGAUCGAGAUACGAACUUAGAUUGUCCGAAGGGUUUCUCGUGGGACCCCUGAUAUCCCUCAGCACCUGGCCACUUCCAUGGGAUCCGCUUUUCCAUCCUACAGACGCUGUGCAGCUAGACCGCUACAUGAACACGGUGCGGCUUGCAGGUCAUCUGUCUAGAUCCCUCUACGAUCGCCAAUUACCUACCAACUCGCUAGGCGACUCUAAGAAGCUGCACUUUCUUACCAAAAGAGGCAGUCGGUGGCUGAUUAGUGCUGUUGAACGAGGCCUCAACGAGAUGGGGAUUACGUAUGCACACCAUCCCUUUGAGCCAGCGAUAGUGUGUUGUCUCAACCAACAGCGAGAAGGCAUGGCCUUCUCGGAGGGGGUGGAGAUACGCUUUUGCAAAUUAUCAUUUCGAGACGUAUAUGGGAUCAAGGUGACAGAUGUCAAGUGGGCCACUCGAAGGGUUGCGAAGCCCGGUGUGUAUGGUGAGAUACCGCCCAAGUUCCGCAGCUCAGCGGACUUUAGGGAAAUUAUCAAAGGUGUGCUGGACAGAGCAGAGGAAGAAGAGAGCGGUCUACCAAAGCCUGUUCCCAGCAUACCUCGCGGCGUCUCCAAUGGAUUCCAGCAGGCACCCCACGCAUCACUGUACAAGCCACCCAUGUAUGGCUGA